CAAUGAGCAGCCUCCGUGUCCCGUCCCAGAGCUGCCGUCUCCCUUCCGCCCCGAUUCCCGGGAGCCGGGGCUUUUCCUCGCCCGCCCCCCGCGGGCAGCUUGGCCGCUGCCUCCCCGAGCUGGCGGCCUUCCAGUUUCCUGUUUGACGUCACGGGCCUCUCUCUUUCUCUCCUCUCUCCUGCCGCUGCUGCUCUUUUUUGCAACUUGCGCUGCGUUCCGCUUGUAAUUCGAGAAGCCCCCGGAACGGGGCAACCUCAGCUGCCGCCUGGAGAGAUCGCGCUGCGCUUUACUACCGCCGGGAGUUGGUUCUCCCUCCUCCCUGCCUCUCUCGCGGGGUCUCUUUUUUUAGCCUGCGGGAGGAAAAGGGGGGAAAAAAAUAAAAAAAUCCGGAUUGCUUUGACUCUGUGCAAACCUUUCCUCCCUCCACUCGCCUCCUUGCUGCGGGUUUUCUGCACGCCGAGAGCACGAAGGAAGAGUGUUUUAUUUUUUUUUAAGGGAGCAGGAGGCGAAAACAAGCAAUUGGCGGAUAAAGUUCUAGUCCGCAAGAACUUGGGAGCAUGCACCCGUGCUUUUCUGACUAGCCGCCGCUUCUUGCAGCCGACCCGGGGUUGCUUUUCUGCAGGGCGCAAAAUCGCCCCUCCGAGGAGUGCCGUUCGCUGUUCUUUCACUUCUGGGAAACCAACAUGGACAGAAAACAAGAUCCUAAAGGAUCCUCGGAAAAGCGGAAAGUAGGGCCGAAGAAGAAACGGCCGCCCCUCUUGAGCAUGCCAUCAGCAAACAGGCAGUCAUCUGUCCCACCAACACCUCCAAGAAACUUGGAUUCCAGGACUUUCAUUACUGUUGGUGAGAAGAAUUUCGAAGUAGAGGCCGACGACUUGGUGAGCAUUUCAGAGUUGGGAAGAGGAGCUUACGGCGUAGUGGAGAAAGUGUAUCAUGCGCAGAGCGACACCACCAUGGCUGUGAAGAGAAUCCGAGCCACUGUGAACUCUCAGGAACAGAAGAGGCUAGUGAUGGACUUGGACAUUUCCAUGAGGACUGUGGACUGCUUUUACACUGUCACGUUCUAUGGAGCCCUUUUCAGAGAGGGUGAUGUGUGGAUCUGCAUGGAGCUAAUGGACACGUCUCUGGAUAAAUUUUAUAAGAGGGUCCUGGAAAAGAAGAAGACGAUCCCCGAAGACAUACUUGGGAAAAUAACCGUGUCUAUUGUCCGAGCCCUGGAGCAUUUGCAUAGCAAGCUGUCUGUGAUUCACAGAGACGUGAAGCCGUCCAAUGUCCUUAUCAAUAAACAGGGACAUGUCAAAAUGUGUGACUUCGGGAUCAGUGGAUACUUGGUAGAUUCUGUGGCGAAGACCCUGGAUGCUGGUUGCAAACCUUAUAUGGCGCCAGAAAGAAUAAACCCUGAGCUGAACCAGCAGGGGUACAAUGUGAAAUCGGACGUCUGGAGCCUGGGCAUCACCUUGAUUGAAAUGGCCAUUCUCCGAUUCCCGUACGAAUCCUGGGGCACCCCUUUCCAGCAGCUGAAGCAAGUGGUGGAAGAGCCCUCGCCUCAGCUGCCUGCGGAGCACUUCUCACAGAACUUUGUGGACUUCACAGCCCAGUGUUUGAGGAAGAAUCCUGCUGAACGAUUGAGUUAUGUGGAACUCAUGGCCCACCCGUUCUUCACUAUGCACGACACCCGCGAGACUGAUAUGGUCUCCUUCGUCACAGAAAUCCUGGGAGAGGACUCCUAAAAGUCCCACGGAACCUCGCCAUCGGAACAAAAGAACCAGCCCUGCCUUCUCCUGGCGGGGAGAGAAAACGGAAUAAGGAUUUUUAUAGCACCAACUGUGGUUUGCACAAAAGAGAAUGAAUGUCUUCGCUGCUUCCUCCCCUCCCCACCCACCCCCCCAAAAAUAAUUUUUCUCUUUCCUCCCACCCCCUUUCUCGGCAUCAUGCUGGACUUAGAGAGCGAUAUUAUUAUUAUUUUUUAACAAGAGGCCUCUAUGAAUGACACGUUUUUGACGUCUUCGGUCCCAACUGUAGCCACGCACAAUCUGCUUAAGGGUUGAAGGGUGCUCAAGACAACUCUCCCUCGGGUGGGUUUUGAGAAAAGCACGUUGUGUUACUUUUAAAACCAGGCGCCUUGUUGAAAUGCAGCUGUGUGUGUGUAUACGUGUGUGUGUAUGUUUGUGUGUCUAUGAGCAUGCGUACUUUUGCUUGGAGAGAGCUGAGCCCAUCUGAAACUGCAUACAAAAUCACAGCAGCCACAGAAGUGUCACCUGUCGCAGGUUAACCAGCAGACCUGCGGGGCUGGUUGUUUUUUGGGUGGUGUCACUUCAUCUUGCAAGCGGCAGAUCGCAUUAAAAUAAAAUAAAAAAGCUCAGUAGAUCACGAGGCUCUUGACCUCAGGGUCGUGGGUUUGAGCCUCACGUUGGGCAAAAGAUCCCUGCAUUGCAGGAGGUUGGGCUAGAUGCCUCUGGUGGUCCCUUCCAACUCUAUGAUUUGAUAUCUAUGAACUGAACCCACACCCCAGUUACUCCCUGUAUGUCGAAAACUAGCUCUUAGAGCAGAAUGGAAGAGUUAUUUAAAUGUUCUCCACUGUGGAAGUCUGGGAAGGACUCACCCCUAUAAUUCUGUUUUUAACACGACUCUUAGUUUUGUUAUCGCGCCCCCCCCCCCCCAAAAAAAUUUACUCAUUUAAUUCUAACAGCCGUUUUUCUUAGGCCUAAACAGACAUCUCCUUUAGUUUUCCACAGCUAAAUGUAAUAUAUUAUCAGUUUCUUCUAAAUGCUCUGUCCAGUCACAGUUGUGUGGCAAAAUCAGUAGACACACACAUACACAAACCCCUCUUUAAACACAAGCAGAGUCUCACCCUCUCCAAAGUUGCUCUGGAAGCAGUGAUUGAGUUGAGCUGCCAUCUCUCUGCUGACCUAAGACCACAAGUGCAUCCUGUUGUCAGACUGCCAUACCCAUCGUCCCUCACCCGUUGGCCAUGCUCUCUGCUGGGGUUGAUGGGAUUGCUAGUCGAGCAGCGUUUUGAACACCACGUGUUUCCCACUCCUGCUAUAGAAAGAGUUCCAAGGACAGACAGGCAGUUCAUAGCCAUAUUUAACGUAGUGGAGGGAAGAAUCUAACGUCCAGAUUUAUCUAACAAAUCCUCAGAUCUUUCUUUCCUUUUUAAUGGAAAGAGCAGUUGAACGUGUCUAUAUGUAUUGGGGUGGGGCAUGUUGACACUUUCUCUGCUGUCUCUCUCUCCCCCCCUCCCAAAGUUCACACACACAAACCAGCUUCAGUACCACCCAGCCAGUCGGCGAUGAUGGGAGUUGUAGUCUUAAUAAGACUUUUUUUAAAAUCCGCACUUUUUCAUCUGCAACACAUUGCAGGGUAGAAGCAUCCAUGUCGGUUUCCCACCACGAGGACAACCAGACUUGCUUUUUCUGUCGUGCCAGCUAAUGCCUGCGCAUGGUGAAGUUGUGAGUCAGGUUGUCCAGUGUUGUGUGUGCUAAAUGGCAGUCCCUAUCUGGGAUUUCUCAGGCAGUGCCCAUUUCCAUUCCUACCUGGAAAUGCUGGGAUCUGAACCUGGGACCUUCUGCAUGCGAAAGCCAGGUGCUCCACCGCUGAGCUAGGAACCGCCUCCUUUUGCUCACCUGCCUCAUCCUCUCGGAAAAGGUGCUUACCAACACAGUUGACACCUGUUGCUAAGUUGUACUCUAAUGUCCUGCCCACGACCGACGAAAGGGAAGCAUUUACCUGUGAUAUUAUUAUAGCCCCACUUGGUUUCUGUGGAUUGCGUCUCUCUCCCCUCUCCUAAACACACGUGCAAGUCAUAUCCAUUAUUAUCUUCCUUCUUUCUAAUAUAUUUGUACAUAUAAAUUAUAUUUUGAAAACGCAGCAUUAUGCCCAGGUGGGAAUAGGUGUGGCAAAACAACCAGCAAUUUCACUUAGACCAACCAGCCUUAAGGGAGUGUUAGUGAAGCGUUGUGGUUCAAAGGGGGAAAAACAAGCCACCUAAUUUUUAACGGGUCCUUUUUAAGAAGCAUCCCUGGAUUCUUAAAAGCAUGCCUUUGGUCUUCAAAAGUGGCCACCUCCUUUGGAGAAAUUAGGUUUCCCUCCUUUGCUCUCCCUCCUAUCCCCAACCCCAAUAAUGUUCCUAAAAGUUCUCUGCCUUAACUGCUUUUGUAAUUCUGUGGAAUAAGGUCCAGGGUUCUGGACCUGUAGGAAUGCAAGCAAGAUCAGGCCAAAGCUCCAUCAUUGACCAACCAGAUCCCCCUGGGAAACCUGCAGGUGGGGAGCUAAGGGCCCUCGACUCCUGUUAGGGCCGGUCCUGUCAUUUGGCAGAGUGAAGUGUCUGCCUCAGGCUGCAUCUGCUGAGGGGCCGGGAGCAGCCACAGAGUGGUACCCGCAUGCCUCCUAAGCUAGCAAGCUGAUUUUGGGGGCAGUUGAGGAAGCAGUUCCAUCACCGGUACUGAAGUUUGGCCCCAUUUGCUCUACACAUUUGAAAUAGCCUCCUCCUACUUUAAACAGUGCCAGAAACUGCUGAGAGCUGUUGGGAGAACCCCAUUCAACUCGCAGAGUCCCUUGGGGAAGAAGGAUUGGCUGCCAAACAGCUCCUGGGAACUGUAGCUUCUGCAUGUGAUGGGUGUGGAGUUACCUUUGGCCUUCCAGUUGUUGCUGAUCUACAACUCCUGGGAUCAGUGGCCUCGCCGGGGCUGAUGGGAAUUGUAUUUCAGCAAAGGUUCCCCACGUCUGGUAUAUGGAAUGGGUGAGGAGAGGUGGCGCCACCUGCUUUCACGCUGGCAACACAAUGCCCUCACUGGCUGUGUUGUCUUUCCACACCUGGGCUUCAGUAGCCAUGCCGUCACUGAAAGUGGAGGUGGUAUAUUGCCAUCAUGGCUCCUGUUACUUUGCCCAGCCUCCCUUCUUGUAGUCACCAAAGCCAGCCGGCUAUUGUGUUAGCAACCUCCUUAAAUUAAAUAGGUGUCGAAUGAUCAAGUUCGUUCUUUUGUCUGUCCCGAAAAACCCAUGCCUUCACCAUUUUUAAUGUUGUUGUUUUUUUAAAAAGAGGAUGAAUCACUUUCUAUUUUUCUCCUGAAUUCCCCCUCCCUUGAUCUCUUCCUAAGGCAAACUGCUGCACUUUUGUCAUGGGUUAGCCCUGCAAGUGUCUUGUGGCAGGUUUUUUGAAUUGCAGGUGUUGUAUAAUUUUUAUCACUCGUCUUUAUUUUUAAUGUUGCUGUUGUACCUUUCCGGAAAAUAUCGCCCAUGCUCCUCUUCCUUCAAAGCUUCCGUGAUUUUUUUUUUUUUUUAAACUGCAUGGUUUUGGAUUUUCAGCCUCUUUUAUAUUCCCCCCCACCCCACUUUUUCCAAUAGAAACCUGGUUUGAUAAAGCGAGAGUGACUCCAUUUUGAACACCCAGUGAACGAAAUGGCCGCUUCCCCACUAGAGGGAAUUCAGGCCAAGGGGCUAAAUGAAGCCCAUGUGCCCCCUCUGUCCUGGCCACGCCCCCUCUGUCCUGGCCACGCCCAUAACUGACCUUACCUCACACACUUGUUGAGUGGUUUUUGCCUGAAUGGAAUGUGUCCAAAUAAUGCCUCUCGCUUGCCUGGAUGGUGAAUGGUUGUGUGUGUGUGUAGAAAUUAGCCUAUUGUAUGUAGGUAAAAUUCACAUUCAGCGUUUGCCUCUGGCCCUGCCCGCUCCCGGAACGUGGCCCACCAAAGGUUGCGCACUACGGAAUGUGGCCCUCAGCCUGAAAAUACUUUCAUGUCCUUGUUACAUGAGCUGGAACUACGUGGAGCCAGAGAGAACCUUCUGGGUUGAUCUUAGUUUAGAGAGAACUGCAUACCUCUCUCUAAACUACACUGCAGCUUGCUUGCUUUUUCUCCUCCGCUUCCCCUACCCCGCCUGGGUCCUUUCCAAAAAAAGGCUCACCGGUGGGGAUGGAAAAUGGUUUUGUAUCUAGGAAAGGACUGGAUGCUUUUAUGAAUUGGAAGACUGUAUAUAACAACGAACUUGGUCAUUGGUUUUCAAUAAAAUAAGCCACCCAA